GCCCUGGUGCUGAGCACGCUGGUGGGCAACGCGCUGGUGUGCCUGGCCAUCCUGCGCUUCCGCCACCUGCGCGCCAAGGUCACCAACUGGUUCGUGCUGUCCCUGGCCGUCUCGGACCUCUGCGUGGCCCUCCUGGUGAUGCCCUGGAAGGCAGUCACUGAGGUAGCUGGCGGCUCCUGGCUCUUCGGCAGCCACUUUUGUGACACCUGGGUGGCCUUCGACAUCAUGUGCUCCACUGCCUCCAUCCUGCACCUCUGCAUCAUCAGCCUGGACCGGUACUGGGCCAUCGCCAGCCCCUUUCGCUAUGAGCGCAGGAUGACGCAGCGCCUUGCCUGCGCCAUGAUAGCCAUGGCCUGGGCCCUCUCCAUCCUCAUCUCCUUUGUCCCAGUGCAGCUACACUGGCACAAAGCCAAGAAUGGAAGAUAUCCAGGCUCCUGGCUGCCUGGGACACCCCGCUGUGAUGUCAGCCUGAACCGCACUUACGCCAUCACCUCCUCCCUUAUCAGCUUCUACAUCCCCGUGGCCAUCAUGAUCAUCACCUAUACCAGGAUCUACCGAAUUGCCCAGGCCCAGAUCCGCCGCAUCUCCACCCUUGAGCGAGCUGGGGGACAGUGGCCAGCUCACAGCAAGGAGCCCACCUCCUCUUUGCGGAGUUCCCUGCGCAAGGAGACCAAGGUGCUGCAGACCCUCUCUGUCAUAAUGGGAGUCUUCGUUUGCUGCUGGCUGCCCUUCUUCCUGCUCAACUGUCUGCUGCCUUUCUGCCAGCCCAAGCACGAAAGAGACCAUGAAGGACAGUCACCCUGUGUCGGCCAAACCACCUUCAAUAUCUUUGUGUGGUUUGGCUGGGCCAACUCCUCAGUAAAUCCAGUGAUCUAUGCUUUCAACUCAGACUUCAGGCGGGCUUUCAGCAACCUCCUGGGCUGCCAGUGCUUCUGCUGUGGCACACCCAGAUCCACUGUGGAGAAGGUCAACUUCAGCAAUGAGCUGGUUUCCUAUCACCAUGACACCACCUGCCAUAAGGAAGCAGCUGCCUCAUCGUCAGUACCUCCCCCAGCUGUCACUGCCUGGGUACAGCCUGUACCCCAUGCCAUAAGCCUUCAGGGAGAGGACAGCAGUGAGGAGAUGUCUAUUGAGAAGAGGCCUGUGACUUCUCAGACACAGGCUGCCCCUGGCAGCAGCCCCAAGGGUCACCAGGUACCAGCUAUUUUGCAAUUAGAUUGCGAGGCAGAGCUAUCCCUAGAAACUAUUACCCCCUGUACAGGGCUUGGUCGAUGUGAGGGAGCCCAUGACCCUGUUCCAGAGGGUUAA